CCGCCCUCCCCCCCUUUCCCCGCUGGGCCUGCCGCUCCACCUCAUCCGAGAGCACUGGGCCAUGUCGUACCACAACCAUGGCGGUGGAUACUCCUCAGGGACGAGUGCCAACGCCAUCCCCGUCGUCCCUCGGCGCCGCAAUUUCGCUCAGAGCCAGUCCGACGACGGACCAGCCCCGUCUCCAAGCGAUCACCACCACCCGUCCUACGGCGACAGCCAGCGCUCCGACAGUCCUGUGAGGAGCUAUCACAGCCAGAGCACGCACGAUCGGCCAGAGCCGCAUGCUGAUUCUACUUCGAGUAGAGGACACGAUCAAGAUGAAGACCCAGAACGCGAAGGGCGCCCCAGAAAACGAAAGUCUCGCUGGGGCAACGAAGAAGCAAAGGUCAACAUCCCUGGGCUGACGACCGUCAUUCCCUCCAAUCUCACUGGCACGCAACUCGAGUCCUAUCUGAUCAACCUUCGACUGGAGGAAAUCGGUCGAAAGCUUCGAAGCGGCGACUACAUUCCGUCGGACCGUGAACGAUCCAAGUCUCCGGAGCCCAUCUACGGCGCCGACGGCAAGCGUAUCAACACACGAGAAUAUCGAUAUCGCAAGAAGCUGGAAGAUGAGCGCCAUCGCCUUGUGGAGGAAGGGCUGAAAAAGAUCCCCGACUUCAAACCCCCCGCCGACUACCGUCGCCCAACCAAGCUCAUGGACAAGCUCUACAUUCCCGCGAAAGAAUAUCCCGAAAUCAACUUUAUCGGACUUUUAAUUGGUCCGCGCGGAAAUACUCUCAAGAAGAUGGAGGCGGAUUCCGGGGCCAAGAUCAGCAUCCGCGGCAAGGGCUCCGUCAAGGAAGGCAAAUCUCGCGCCGAUGGAGGGCCGGCUCCAGGCGAGGAGGAGGAUCUGCACUGUCUCAUUAGUGCCGAUGCUGAGUCCAAGAUCAAGAAGGCCAUGGAGCUGAUUGAAGAAAUCAUCCAAACGGCCGCCAGCGUUCCUGAAGGACAAAACGAACUAAAGCGGCUGCAGCUUCGUGAGCUGGCAUCGCUCAACGGCACGCUCCGCGAUGACGAAAACCAAAUCUGUGCCAAUUGCGGCGGAACAGGACAUCGCCGAUUCGAGUGUCCCGAACAAAGAAACUUCACCAACAACCUUGUCUGUCGUAUCUGUGGUGGUGUCGGACACACUGCUCGCGACUGCAUGCAACGUAACAACCCCGAUGCCCUUCGUGAGGCCGACCAGCGUGACAAGAAGCUGGACGAUGAAUAUGCCAACCUCAUGGCUGAGCUUGGCGAAGCCGUACCGUCCUCUGGCGGCGGCGGCGCCGCCAGUAUCAGCAGUGGUGGUGUUGGCGGUGGCAUGAUCGGCUCUGGACACCGAGACGGCGGCGAACCUGGAUCCGGACGCAGCGGCCACUACGGACCAAGUGGCGGGCGAGGCAGUCGUCCUCCUUGGGGCUCUGCUGGCCCUGCCCCUCCCCCUGCUCCGUCGGGAGGACCGCCUCCAUGGGCGAGACAGGGCCGUGAUCGCGAUCGGGAUCGAGAUCGAGAUCGUGACCGCGACCGCGAUUUCGACCGAGGUGGUCCUGCACCCUGGCACCGCGAUCGCGAUCGAGACAGGGGGCCGCGGGGUCCCCCUGGUCCUCCCCCUGGCCCUCCUGACUCCCCAGGCAGGUCGCCGCCCCCGCCGGGCGCCUCUGUGUCUGCCGGUAUGCCGCCGGGCCCUCCCGGAGGCUCAUAUCCUGGCUCGGCUCCGCCACCGCCUCCCCCUGGCGGCGACUAUGGACAGAGCUAUCCACCCUAUCCCAGCGAUGUCCCUGGCGCUGGUGCGAAUCCCUGGGCGCCCCCUCCUCCGCCUCCGUUCCAUUCAUCCAACGGCUACCCCCAGCCUCCCCCUCCUCCGCCUUCGUACAUGUACGGAUAUCCGCCCCAGCCUCCCCCUCCUCCUGCGUGGGCACCGCCGCCACCACCGCCGCCCGCUGAUGUCCCUCCUCCUCCUCCUCCAGAGUGAGGCUGGAUUGACGAUGACUGGGCGGUGGUGCGCGGAAUCGGCGUUGCACCUGUGGAUGAAGCGAGUUGAUUGGGCCAAGCAUAUGGCAAUACAGCACACUUCAAAGAGAAAAA